UUCUUUUCCAAAUCCUCUUCAUUCUCAUUUUUUUUGUUAUGUGGGUAUUCUUAUCAUGAGCAACAUCCCAAGAUCUCUCACCGACUCUUCCCUCACCCUCUUCAACCUCGCCAUAUCCUCUUCUGAUCCCUGGCCUUUCUCACUCGUUUUCUUAUAACCCUCAUCAACUUCUAGCUAAAGACUCCAGCUUUUCUGGUUUUGGUUUUGGUUUUGGUCUUGGUCUUUGUCUUUUAGCUUCGUUCUUUUCUUUCUCCAUAUGGGGAUUCUCAGCGAUCAUCAUCACAACUCUCCAAAACACCACCACCACCAUCAUUACCACAUGAGCUUUCACUUGCACAUUCCUCACCUCCACUUUCCUCACCACCACCAGGAGAAGAAGGACCUGAAGGACGUUCCAAAAGGGUGUUUGGCGGUGUUGGUAGGGCAAGGGGAGGAGCAACAGAGGUUUGUUAUCCCUGUCAUGUACAUGAACCACCCACUGUUCAUGAAGUUGCUGAAGGAAGCCGAAGACGAAUACGGGUUCCAGCAGAAAGGCCCCAUCACCAUCCCGUGCCACGUCGAGCACUUCCGUACCGUCCAAGGCAUCAUCGACAGGGAGAAAUGCCUCCACCACCACCACCACCACCACCACCAUGCUUGGUGCUUCAAAGUUUGAUUCUGUCAAUUGAUUAAUAUUACUCUACCAACAUUAAUUAAAAUCAUCAUGUACAUGUCUUGUUUAUUUUUGCUUUUGUUAUUGUUUUCUGAUUCUCCGCAACACCAGAAUGUGGUGUUGGUUUAAUGAUGUGACAACGACGAACAAUUUGGAUCUCAAUUUGCAUGAUUUUUUUUGUUUUUGGUA